GGGAGUAGAUUGAACAGUACCAAUAUGUUCAUUAGGCAAGGGGAGUCCUUAGAAAAGAUAUAGGCCAAAGAUUGACGAAGUGAACCCUGGAAGCAGAUAACAGUGAAUAUGUAGUUUCUGUUUGCUCCUAAAAGGCAAGAUAUAGGAAAGUAAUUUAGACUCCUAACCUCGAUAGGGAUGUGAUAGAAGAUUUCCCCUGCACAUUCGUUGCGUGGUGCGCUCCGCAUGAUCACGUGAGCCGGUUCCAAGAUGGCGGCAGGGGUGGCCGGGUGGGGGGCUGAGGCGGAGGAGUUCGAGGAUGCGCCUGAUGUGGAGCCGCUGGAGCCUACGCUUAGCAACAUCAUCGAACAGCGCAGCCUAAAAUGGAUCUUCGUUGGGGGCAAGGGUGGCGUGGGCAAGACCACCUGCAGCUGCAGCCUGGCAGUACAGCUCUCCAAGGGGCGAGAGAGUGUUCUGAUAAUCUCCACAGACCCAGCCCACAACAUCUCAGAUGCUUUUGACCAGAAGUUCUCAAAGGUGCCUACAAAGGUCAAAGGCUAUGACAACCUCUUUGCUAUGGAGAUUGACCCUAGCCUGGGCGUGGCGGAGCUGCCUGACGAGUUCUUCGAGGAGGACAACAUGCUGAGCAUGGGGAAGAAGAUGAUGCAGGAGGCCAUGAGCGCCUUUCCUGGCAUCGAUGAGGCCAUGAGCUAUGCCGAGGUCAUGAGGCUGGUGAAGGGCAUGAACUUCUCGGUGGUGGUGUUUGACACGGCGCCCACGGGACACACGCUGAGGCUUCUCAACUUCCCCACCAUCGUGGAGCGGGGUCUGGGCCGUCUCAUGCAGAUCAAGAACCAAAUCAGCCCCUUCAUCUCACAGAUGUGCAACAUGCUGGGCCUGGGGGACAUGAAUGCAGACCAGCUGGCCUCCAAGCUGGAGGAAACACUGCCUGUCAUCCGCUCUGUCAGUGAACAGUUCAAGGACCCUGAGCAGACAACGUUUAUCUGUGUAUGCAUUGCUGAGUUCCUGUCCCUAUAUGAAACAGAACGGUUGAUCCAGGAGCUGGCCAAGUGCAAGAUUGACACCCACAACAUCAUCGUCAACCAGCUUGUCUUCCCUGACCCUGAGAAACCCUGCAAAAUGUGUGAGGCCCGCCACAAGAUCCAAGCCAAGUACCUGGACCAGAUGGAGGACCUAUAUGAAGACUUCCACAUCGUGAAGCUGCCACUGUUACCCCAUGAGGUGCGGGGGGCAGACAAGGUCAACACCUUCUCAGCCCUCCUCCUGGAGCCCUACAAGCCCCCCAGUACCCAGUAGCAUCACCACCAGCCACAGCUGCUGCCAUUUCACACCUACCCUUCACCUUUCCCAUCCUCCCAGGGCAGAGUUUGCACAAAGUCCCCCCAUAGUGCAGGGGGAGCCACUUGGGGGGGGCAGGAGGCAGGGAGGGGGUCUGUUCCCCCUGGUGGGGCUAGUGGGGGCUCUACUUGCCCCCCACCUCUCCCUGUCUCUCCCUCUUCAAUAAAAUGAUCUUAAAUUGCA